CUUGCUCCGAGUCCACUCCACUCUGUGCGAUACACUCCUAGUGUUGUCAUCCGAUCAGCUGAAAUGGCACCCAAGAAGGACGUUAAGGCUCCCGCCAAGAAGGCCGAACCUGCACCGGCACCGGCACCGGCACCAGAGCCAGCCCCCGCUCCCGCCGCAGCUCCCGUCAUCGACCUGUCCGCCGUCAAGGUGGAAUUCAGUCCAGACCAGAUUGAUGACUACAGGGAGGCCUUCGGUCUGUUCGACAGGGUGGGCGACAGCAAGGUGGCUUACAACCAGGUCGCUGACAUCAUGCGCGCUCUGGGACAGAACCCCACCAACAAGGAGGUCAACAGACUGCUGGGAAUGCCGAACGCUGAGGACAUGAUCGCCAAGAGACUCGAGUUCGAGGGUUUCCUGCCCAUGCUCCAGACCAUCAUCAACAGCCCAAACAAGGCGGGAUACGAUGACUACGUUGAGGGUCUGCGCGUCUUUGACAAGGAGGGCAACGGCACAGUGAUGGGUGCUGAGCUGCGCAUUGUUCUGUCAACACUGGGAGAGAAGAUGUGUGAGGCUGAGAUUGACGCUCUCCUGGCAGGACAGGAGGACGAGAACGGCUGUAUCAACUACGAGGCCUUCGUCAAGCACAUCAUGUCUGUGUAAGGACCCCUGCCACUGCGGUGGUGAGCAUCGUGUAUGUGCAGACCCCAUGGCGUCGCGACAUCCACUCGCUGUUUCCUGUGUCACCUGAGGAAGCAGGGGAAUAAAGGACAAUGAACCCUUCUUUUGUUUUUUUCUUUUGUCCAACUGGUGCUUUUUCCACCUCCUUCUCGUCCUCUUCGGCGAGCCGUCCUGAUUUCCCUACGAGAUUUCCUAAUCUUCACACAAGUCACCGUGUCUCAUUGGGGAUUUCUAUCAUCACUGGUUCUCUAGUGGCGCAGUGGGAUAAUGCUGACCCCCCUCACUCCCCCCUUUGCAAUCUGACCGUCUCUCUUUCUGCAAGUGAAGUGACCCACGUAAUGAAGCCACUCCUGACCCAACCCAUCCCGAGGUCUUAACUUCUUGUAUCCUCUGCCACAAUACACUUUUCACAAAUUCCCAUUUUAUUUCCAAAUGACUGAUUUAUUUGAUGCAAAUUCUUUGUAUAAUUACUUCAGGCACAUGAAUGUUGAAAGGAAUAGUUUGACAUAUCUUGAACUAUGCGGACAAUGACUAUCGAUUAGAGAGAUCUUCUCAUCCGACUCUCAACAAGAAGGCAAAUAAAGGAAUUUCCAAAAAUG